AUGGAUAAACCAUUUGGCAGACUCAUCCGCUCGGAACUUUUUACCUUCCUCAUUGGACCUGAAAAGGUUCCUUUCGUUGUGAAUUCCGAAGCGAUUGCAAAGCAAUCAUCCGCGCUCCAUGGGCUGGUAAACGGCAAUAUGCUAGAGGCACAUUCUAGAACGGUAGUAUGGCCUGAUGUGGAUGAGGAUACCUUUGUUCGGUUCUGCGAAUUUUGUUAUUUGGACAAUUAUUCCCCACCUAGCUGUGGCUGGGACAGUAAUCCCGUGAAGGAAGCUGUUCCGGUGGAAGAUGACAGUCAGUCUGAGAAGUUGGCACAUGCUUUGGAAUCACCUUUGAUGUCGCCAGUAUCCAUUCCUUCUUCCCCCAAAAAAACAAGCAAAAAAAAAGGAAAGGAAAAGCAUUCUUUGACUUCGCGCCCAAAGCAAAGCCUAGGGCCUAGUUCGGAUAUAACAAAUGAUCAAAGAUACAUGCUCCCGGAGAAAUGCGCCGAGUUCACUGAGCAGUUCAAACCCUUCUCCAAUGUCACGGAUGACCAGGACUUUACUCCUGUUUUUCUUGGCCAUGCUAGGCUGUAUGUGAUAGCAGACAAAUAUUGCAUCAAGGCGCUAAAAGAGCUGGUGCUGUUCAAGCUCCAUACGACACUAAAAGAUUUCACUCUCUUUCCCAGAAGAAUCGGAGACCUUGUCAAGCUCAUCCAAUUUGUCUACAAUGAGGACAACACGUGA